ACGUGUCAUGAAAACUCUCACGUCAUCGUUUCUUUUCACGCCACGUGGCCUUCUUCACUACAUUUACUGCUUAAAUAAAUACAUCUGUUUAUUUUUAUCUUCUUUGUAUAUCAUUUUUGUUUAGAAAAAAAGAAAAAUACAAGAAAACAAGGUAAAAAAAAAGAUGUUGGAGCAUAUGAAUGGUAAUUUUGAGGAAGAUGAAAAUGGGAUUGGAUUGAGUUUAAGCUUAUCAAUUGGAGGAAAUUACACAAAGAAAGAUGAUCAAAUCUGUAAUAAUUCAAAUGAUAAGAUGUUAAUAGAGUGUCAGAGAUCAAAAAAGAGGGCAUUACAUAGAGAAAUGAUGGAGAAUGAAGAAUUAGUUAGUAGAAAAAGCAAAAUUACUACUUUUGGUGAUGACGAUGUAAAAAGCUUGAAUCUUUUUGUUAAUCAAGAUUCAUGUUUAAAGGAUCACAACCUUUUAGUUCCAAUUUGCGAUCAUCGGAAUGUUGAGAAAAGGGAAUUGACGAAGAAAAAUUGUGGAGGUUUUAGAAUUUAUAACUCGAAUACGAGUUAUGAUCAAUGUAGAAGUAGUGAGUCGAAUGGAUCUACGAUUACAGAAUGCCAAAGUUCGUCUCCUAAAGGUACAAGUAGCGAGCAAUGUCGCGCUCAUCAAAGACGAGCAGGACCAAAAAACAGAGGAAAAGAGGAAUUGUGGCAUGAUUCAGUUGCUUUAACGAAUGCCGUGUGUUUCAGCAACGGGUAAUGGCCCAAAUGGGAAGACGAUAGAUGGAUUAUUG